AUGAGUCGAGAUGGAUGGAGGAAGAAAGCCAGUGAAAAUGAUGGGUGGGGAGGACAGGGAGGUUACAUGGCUGCAAAAGUCUCUAAGCUUGAGGAGCAGUUUCAGAAGGAUGCCCCGAGAGAGCAGAAGAAAGAUGGAAAGUCCUCCUGCAUCUUCAGCGGUGUGGCCAUCUAUGUCAAUGGAUACACAGAUCCCAGUGCGGCUGAGUUACGCAGGCUUAUGAUGUUGCAUGGUGGGCAAUUUCAUCUGUAUUACUCUCGCUCCAAAACCACGCACAUCAUUGCCACCAACCUGCCCAACUUCAAAAUACAAGAGCUCAAAGGAGAGAAAGUAGUGCGGCCAGAGUGGAUCAUAGAUAGUAUAAAAGCAGGUCGCCAACUUUCAUAUAUUCAGUAUCAGCUCUAUGCGAAGCAGAAAGGAUUAAACUUUACCAGAGUUUCUGGAAUAGAAGGCCAGGACCCGUCAUCCAACCAUGGACCAGACAUCAAGCCUCAGCCGAGCCAUACUCUUUCUAAAGACGUCCUCAAGUCUACUCAGGCUAACCACAUGGCUAACUACACUGAGAAAACCGAUCACCAGCUGGAUAUCAGGCUCAGAAAUGGUUUGCAUUGCAUUAUCUCUGAGGUAGAUGCAGAGAAAUCGAGAGUCAAUGGGAUUCAUGAUGAUGAUGAUGACAUCGCCUGUUCCAUUUUGCCAAGAGGCUCACAAGACACUUUGUUAACUAACGGUCAUGUACACCCUGUGAAUGGUGCCUUAAAGCCUCAGGACUUUGCAGACCAUCAUCCUCAUGUUGUUGACAAAGCGUCCAAUCAGUCUCACCUCCCACAGGACAAAUACAGGGAGGGUGAGGAGCCCUGCUGCUCAUAUACUGAAUCAAAAGCUAAUUCCCAUCUGAGGUCCUUAAUAUCAGCAGCCAGUCCUGCAAAGCAGCCUGGUCCUCACAAUAUGCAAACGGACCUCCAUCAAAAACCAACAUCCAAUUCAGGAACUUUAGGUGCUCCUCAGAAGGCCAGUCUGCAUGAUCAGACCACAGUCCGGCUAAAUGGGAGUUAUCACGUGACCUCAAACUCCUCCACUCUGGCAAACUCUAGUAACCAGUCAGGAAAAUCCUCUGCAGAGGCUGGAAUAAUAUCCGAGUUCUUUUCUCACUCAAGGCUGCAUCACAUUUCUACGUGGCGCAAUGAGUUCUCGGAGUAUGUAAACAGCCUGCAGAGCAGACGACGAGCAGCAGGUGGAGCUGUUUUCUCUGGAAGAGAGAAGCUGAAGAAGCUCAAAGCUAACUGCAAUUCAGUCUCUCACUUUGACCCAGGUUCCUUGAUGGCUGCUCCUCAGGUGCGUCAGUCAUGUGUUCUCCAUGUUGAUAUGGACUGCUUCUUUGUCUCUGUGGGGAUUAGACACCGACCAGAUCUUAUAGGGAAACCAGUUGCGGUGACUAGUAAUCGUGGUCCAGGCCGUGUUGCUCAGCGCCCUGGUGCAAACCCUCAGCUUGAGUUUCAGUAUUACCAGAAUAAACAGAAACAUUACAGGAAAGAGAAGACAGAUGAGGAUCUUGAGAUGACCCCAUCUCCACAGGAUGGUGAAGUUCCCAGUAAUGGAGUGCAUGAAGACCUGGCUGCCCUUUCUAUGGCAGAGAUUGCCUCUUGUAGUUACGAGGCCAGGCAGGCUGGUGUGCGAAAUGGCAUGUUCUUUGGUAGGGCCAAGCAGCUGUGUCCAGAUCUGCAGUCUGUCCCAUAUGACUUCCAUGCUUAUAAAGAGGUGGCUCUGGCCAUGUAUGAGAUCCUGGCCAGUUACACUCAUAACAUUGAAGCGCUGAGCUGUGACGAGGCACUGGUUGAUGCCACAGCUCUUCUGGUUGAGCUGGGGGUGUCUCCUGAUGAACUGGCACGGUCCAUCCGUGAAGACAUAAAGGAGAAGACUGGCUGCUGUGCCUCAGUUGGAAUGAGUUCCAACAUCCUACUUGCUCGGAUGGCAACCCGUAAGGCCAAACCCAAAGGGCAGUAUUUACUCAGAUCAGAGGAAGUGGAUGAUUUUAUUAGAGACCAGCCUGUGUCCAGUUUACCUGGUGUGGGUCGCUCAAUGAGCUCCAAGUUGACCUCUCUAGGAGUGAGUACCUGCGGUGACCUGCAGCAGUUGUCCCUGUCUCAACUGCAGAGGGAGUUUGGGCCACGGACGGGACAGACGCUCUUUCGCUUUUGCAGGGGACUAGAUGACAGACCUGUGCGCAGUGAGAAAGAGAGAAAGUCUGUGUCUGCGGAGAUGAACUACAACAUUCGGUUCACACAGGUUGAGGAGGCGGAGUCUUUCCUCAAUAAUCUCUCUAUGGAGGUGCAGAAGAGGUUAGAGGGGGCAGGGCUUAGAGGUCGUCGGGUUACACUGAAGGUCAUGAUGCGGAAACCAGGUGCGCCGGUAGAACCAGCCAAAUAUGGUGGUCAUGGGAUAUGUGACAACUUUGCCAGGUCUGUUUUACUAGCUCAGCCCACAGACAGUGGUCGAGUGAUUGCAUCAGAGGCCAUUAAGCUGUUUCAUGCCAUGAAGCUGAAUGUGAAGGACAUGAGGGGAGUGGGGCUGCAGGUGCAGCAGCUGGAUGGAUCACAUGCAGACCCUUCAGGACAAGGGCCCUCUCGUGGCCGAUCAAUCAGAGACCUGCUUCUGGCCAAACAGUCUGCCCACAGCCCCAGCAAGGAGUCUCCAUCACAAGAUGGUUUAAUCAGCGCUUCGUCAUCCAGAGCUUUCUCCUCCAAUCAGAAGAGAGUUACCCCUGCAUUAUCACCGCCACCUUCUACAUCAUCAUCAUCAUCACCACCACCCUCCUUCACCAUUUCAGAUCCAAUGCCUGGAACAAGUAAAGGAGAUUAUCACCAUCCACACACCCCCAACCACGUCAGGGCCUGCCUAAACAUCAGCAUCGAGGUGCCAUCUCCCUCUCAGGUGGACCCAUCUGUUUUAAAAGCUUUACCUAUAGACAUAAGGAGACAAGUAGAGGAAACCUGGAGAUACAGAGAGGAGCAGCCCAGCACUUCUUCUCAUUACUCAACACCACCUCGACCACCCUCCACUCCACCUCCAGGACCUUCACUUGUUCUGCAGCUCCCAAACCAGCCUGGUCAACCAUGCACAACGGGCAUUAUAUUAGAGCUCCCGGACUUCUCCCAGGUUGACCCAGAUGUGUUUGCAGCACUCCCUAGAGAGCUUCAGGAAGAGUUGUGUUCUGCUUACAGAAAUAAGGGAAAUGCUCAAGCUCAAGCCAGCACUGUAGUGGAACAAAAAAACUCAUUUCCUCAACUGAAGCAGCCUGCUGUAGGGAAAUUAAAGCGCCGCUACAAAAAAAGAAACACUAGUCCUGCCAAAAAUGGUUCAAGUCCACUAAAAAAAAUGUUCCCUGGGAACAGCCCUGCCAAAACCAGCCCCUCCAAAACUCUUCCUCUGCCACUCAGAGAACAAGACCUCAAAUGCCCGUCCUCUCUGAGCACAGAUGUCCCAGAGACACUACCCAAACCCAUUCCUCGGCCAGCCCCAACCCUUGCAGGAGCGCAUGAAUUCAGUGAGAUAAGAACGCUGCUGCGUGAAUGGGUCACCACCAUCUCAGAACCAAUGGAGGAGGACAUUUUACAGGUGGUGAAGUACUGCACAGAACUAGUGGAGGACAAAGACCUGGAGAAACUCUACCUUGUCAUCAAGUACAUGAAGAGGCUCAUGCAGCAGUCCUCAGAGUCAGUGUGGAGCAUGGCCUUUGACUUUGUCCUGGACAAUGUGCAGGUGGUGGUACAGCAAACCUACGGCAGCACUUUGAAGAUCACAUAG